AGCUACGAGUGCGACGCGCCCUGGCGCCUGCUCGAGGGCGCCGUGAGCGCCAUGAGGCGCCUCGUGCCGCAGCCGGACUUCAUCCUCUGGACCGGAGAUGACACUCCUCAUGUCCCCAAUGAGCAGCUUGGAGAAAUACAGGUUCUGCAUAUAAUUGAAAAUCUGACUUCUCUGAUAAAACAGAUUUUUCCAGAAACGAAAGUCUAUGCUGUGAUGGGCAAUCAUGACUUCCACCCCAAGAACCAGCUUCCAGGAAAGGAGCACAGGAUCUACAACCAAACAGCUGAACUGUGGCGCUCCUGGCUGGACGAUAGCUCCAUUCCUCUGUUCAGAGCAGGUGCUUUCUACAGUGAGAAGCUGCCCGGCCCAAACACAAGAGGGCGAAUGGUUGUCCUCAACACCAACCUCUACUACGACCAGAAUAACGAGACAGCUGAUGAGGAGGAUCCUGGAGGGCAGUUCCAGUGGCUGGAAGAGACACUGAGCAACGCCUCAAAAGCAGAAGAAAUGGUCUACAUUGCUGGGCACGUUCCUCCUGGCUUCUUUGAGAAGAAAAGAGGCAAGCCCUGGUUCCGGAGUAACUUUAAUGAACGAUACCUGCAAAUCGUGCAGAAGCACCACAGAGUCAUUGCUGCCCAGUUUUUUGGACACCAUCACACCGACAGCUUUCGGAUGUUUUACAGUGACACAGGUUCUCCAAUCAACGUCAUGUUCUUAGCCCCUGGAGUGACUCCUUGGAAAACAACAUUACCUGGAGUGGUUAACGGAGCCAACAACCCUGGGAUCCGGGUGAUUGAUUAUGAUCCAGACACCCUUCAAGUGAAGGAUAUGGUGACUUACUACUUGAAUCUAACUCAUGCCAAUACGAUCUCCGCAGCGUGGGAGGAGGAGUAUCGGCUGACGGGAGCUUUCCACGUGCCCGACGGCUCUGCCCGCUCCAUGCACACGGUGCUGGAGAGGAUAGCGAAGGACGCGCAGUAUCUGCAGCAGUACUACGAGUUUAACUCCGUCAAAUACGACCUUGCCCCUUGUGAGGAGCCCUGCCGCCUCGACCACGUUUGUGCCAUCAGGGAGGUUGAUUUUACACGAUACGAUGCGUGUGUCAAAGGCAGCAGCUCUGCCGGUGUGAAUGAUGACAAAGUCCACCGAAAAGCGCUGCUCAGCAUCGAUAAUGAAUCUUUCCUGGCUGUGUGUCUGCGCGCUCUGAAGCUGGGCUGGAAGCUGUGCUGGGCACAGGCCGUGUCCGAGCAGGAGCAGAGCCGCCUGGCCUUCCUCUCCCAUGACAUCAGCCUGCUGCGCCUCUUGGAGACCUUCCUGGAGAACGCCCCGCAGCUCACCCUGCUCCUCUACGUUGUCCUGCGGACCAACAAGGCGGAGCCUUCCCAAGGUGUGGGGCUCUGCACUGCCGCCCUGUGUGUGACGUGGGCCCUGCUGGACUAUCACCAGUCCCUGCGCUCAUUCUUGCAGGACAAGUAUGAGCUGAGCCUGUGCUCCUCCUUCGUCUACUUCCUGUGGAACCUUUUCCUCAUCUGCCCUCGCAUCCUCGCCGUUGCCCUCUUCGCCUUGCUCUGGCCCUACGGCAUUGUCAUACACUUCCCACUCGUGUGGCUGGCCAUGUUCCUCUGGGUCAACAUGCAGGGGACAGACUUCAUGGAGUCGCCUGGCCCUGAGCAGUUCUACAGGGCCAUGGUGGCCGUGAUCCUCUACUUCAGCUGGUUCAACGUGGCCAAGGGACGAACGUUGACCCGUAGUAUCAUCUAUCACGGCUUUAUCCUGGGGGACAGUGUGCUGCUGGCCGCGUCCUGGCUCUGGUGCCGCUCGCCCUCCGAUGAGCACUUGUACCUCAUCCCGGUGGUCUUUGCUGCGCUGCCCUGCUACCUUUUGGGGCUUGUGUUGAGACUGGUCUACUACAAGUGGCUGCAUCCCAACCUGCGGGCGCAGCGAGCGGGGGCCUCCGAUGAGGGGGAUGCCGGGAAAAUCUGCGACAUCUACGGUCAGGUCAUGGAGAGGUGGAAUUCAAUGAUCUCCAGCUUGUAA